AUGCUUGAAGAAGACAUGUCUAUGGCAGUGACACAAGGUGUUCGAGUUGACGACGGGUUUGUAUGCAAGCGGCAGCGAAGUCUUUAUGGCUUGAAGUUAACCGCUGCAGUCUGGCACAAGACUAUUCGAGAUGUAUUUGUUGACAUGGGAUUCGCACAAUGCCAUGCAGAUCCAUGUAUGUUUGUCCGUCUAGUCAACGAUGACAAGCCUCCUGUGUAUAUCGUACUCUAUGUCGAUGAUCUGCUUGUCGGCUGUACCACGGAUGCUGAGGCAGAUGCGAUUUGUGCUGCACUUAGUGCCAAAUUCGCCGUGAAAUCUGUUUGCGACGCUAGAUAUGCUCUCGGGAUGGAGAUUUAG